AUGCUCCCCCCCCCCUCUUUAAAGAAAUUACGCAUUUUUGCAGAACGUAUUAUGGCUAUACCAAUGGAGUACCGCGAAGAAAGCGAGAUGUAUACUACUGCGCACGAUUCGAACAUAUCGGAAACGACGAUAAUAUCGUUAAUAUCAUCAAUCAUCAUCCUUACACUCAUAUAUCUGUUAAAAAAGUACGUGCUGCCCUGGAUAAAAAUAAAGCUGGCGAAGCUGCACCUCGAAAUGCACCAAGGGGAGGAAACAUCAGCGCUUCCGUUAGUGCUGAGAGGAGAGAUGCCGGCGACUACGAAUACCGUAGUGAGCUGGAUAUGGGCUACUGCAGUUCUGCUAAUUCAUAUUAUGUACAACUCCGCAUGCCUCAGGAGAAACUUGAGAGGACCACCUGAACAGAUCAAUAUUUAA